CCGAGCGGAGGCGGAGGAGAUGGCAUCCCAGCCGCCGCAGCCCCCGAAACCCUGGGAGACCCGCCGAAUUCCGGGGGCUGGUCCGGGACCAGGACCCGGCCCCACUUUCCAAUCUGCUGAUUUGGGUCCUACUUUAUUGACAAGACCUGGACAACCAACACUUACCAGAGUGCCGCCACCUAUUCUUCCAAGGCCAUCACAGCAGACAGGAAGCAGCAGUGUGAACACUUUUAGACCUACUUACAGUUCAUUUUCUUCUGGAUAUGGUGCCUAUGGAAAUUCAUUUUAUGGACGCUAUAGCCCUUAUAGUUAUGGAUAUAAUGGGUUGGGCUAUAACCGCCUCCGUGUGGAUGAUCUUCCACCUAGUAGAUUUGUUCAGCAAGCUGAAGAAAGCAGCAGAGGUGCAUUUCACUCCAUUGAAAGUAUUGUGCAUGCAUUUGCCUCUGUCAGUAUGAUGAUGGAUGCUACCUUUCCAGCUGUCUAUAACAGUUUCAGGGCUGUAUUGGAUGUAGCAAAUCACUUUUCCCGAUUAAAAAUACACUUCACAAAGGUCUUUUCAGCUUUUGCAUUAGUUAGGACUAUAAGGUAUCUUUAUAGACGGUUACAGCAGAUGAUAGGUUUAAGAGGAGGCUCUGAGAAUGAGGACUUAUGGGCAGAAAGUGAAGGAACUGUGGCUUGCCUUGGUGCUGAGGACAGAGCAGCUAAUUCAGCAAAAUCUUGGCCAAUAUUCUUAUUCUUUGCUGUUAUCCUUGGUGGUCCUUAUCUCAUCUGGAAACUGCUGUCUACCCACACUGAUGAAGUAACAGACAACACCAACUGGGCAAGUGGUGAGGAUGACCAUGUAGUUGCUAGAGCAGAAUAUGAUUUUACUGCUGCAUCUGAAGAAGAAAUUUCUUUCCGUGCUGGUGAUAUGCUACAUUUAGCUCUCAAAGAACAGCAACCCAUGCGUGGUUGGCUUCUGGCUAGUCUUGAUGGUCAAACAACAGGACUUAUACCUGCUAAUUAUGUCAAAAUUCUUGGUAAAAGAAGAGGUAGAAAAACAGUGGAAUCCAGUAAAAUUCCCAAGCAGCAACAAUCUUUUACCAACACAACACUAAUUAAAGGAGUCACGGCCACUGAUUCUUUGGAUGAACAGGAAGCUGCCUUUGAAUCUGUUUUUGUUGAAACUUGUAAGGUUCCAGUUGCACCUGAUUCCACUGGGAAAAGUGGAGAUAAACAAGUUCUUUGA